AUGUUGGAAGCAAGCACCGAUCUAGCCUUCUAUGAUACUAUGAUUUCGGCUAAUACCAACUGGAGUGUUUGUGGAUUUAAAGAAAGUCUGCAAUAUACCAUCAAGUUUUUACGGAAAAGUGGUAUUUGCAAAAUUCGCAGCAUUGUUAUCUCAUCAAAUGCUGGCGAAUCAAGUGCUGGUGGACCAAGUGCUGCUGAGCCGAAGGCUGGUGGAUCAAGUGCUGGUAAAUCAAGUACAGGUGAAUCAAGUGGUGGUGAAUCAAGUGCUGGUAAAUCUAAGAACGAUGAACCUGAAGAUGAUGAUGACAAACCCACUGGAUCAGAAGCAGGUGGUGCUGGAGCUGAUGGUGCUGGAGCUGGUGAGGCAACUGGUGGAGCGAUGAUUGAUCCAACCAUAGAGCUUCGAAGUGUAUCUCAUUCUCUGAAGGCCAUAAUUCAUCCUCGUUUUGAUUACGGAGUCUUUCUUGGAGUGAUUACGGAUUUCCAAGCUAAUUGCCACUCAUGCAUUCGCGGCUUGUCGAAGGCUGUUGGCAUGCUGGUCGAUUUGGUCUUGGCUGGUCAACAUGCGACACAGAAAAAGAUGUCUUUCUUUGACAUCAAAGCUGUUGAUUUAUUUGAUUGCGGUUUGAGCAAGAGUGUCAAGCCCAUUGCAAUUAUUGACGACAUCAGUGCCAGUGUUCAGGAAUUAUUCGUUUCUAGUGGCUUCUGGAAAAUCUUAUCAUUUUGUAUUGGACGAAAAAACGAGGACAAAACAAAGAUCCCCCUUCUCACAAGAAUUCAAGAAGACUUGGAACGCACUGAUUACGUCGACUUUACAACACGAUCUGCCCUGCAAGAGGCAUGUAUAAUAUAUCACACAAACUUCUCAAACAUUUACUCCAAAAGGAACUGCCAAACGGUGCUGAAGACAGUGAUCAACUUGGUGAUCAAGAAGAAGCCAGAAUCAAAGGAACCUGCUGCUGCCACAACUACUGGUGCACCAUCUCCAGUUUCCCGUAAAGGCAAAUUGCGCUUGUCAGCAACAUCUUCACCGCAACCAUUGUCUACUACGGAUGCUGAGCAAGCUAUUGAGUUGCUUGAUAGUGACGGCGGUGAUUUGGAAAGUGUCAUGGAUGAUGAACUACAAGAGGAAGAGGAAAAUCGUGAUUUGGCAGCCAAGGAGAUCAAUGCUUUGACGUCUAUAUCCGUGAUGCUUUGCCAAUCCCCCCUCCAUCAAAGUGCUAUCGAUUGCUGCUGCACGAUCAUCAAUGCCAUUAAAUCUCUUGUUCCUAAGGAAGAUUUUCCCCCUCCAUACAAGUGGUUUGGUUUGUUUCAGUUGUGCAAUAUUCUUGUUACUUUCCACCCUGGCAUUACAAGGAAGAACGCGAAAAGUUUCUUUCCAACUAUAGAGGACACGCCGAGUCAAAAAAUGGCAAUUGCGCUCAAUCCCGUAACCUUGUACUUAUUAUUCAGCAAACAGUACCACAUUUACCAAAAGGACAAAUCUGCAUUCACCUCUAACUCAAUGAUCAAAUCAAUUGAAACAAAGGAGGAUAUCUUUUCAAAUUUUUUUGACGUGCCCAAGAUCAAGAAAAUUCUGAAAGAACAAAAGCUCGACUUCAAGCAUUAUAUCAAAUUCAAAGACCAAUACAAUGUUCAUCUGGUGGGUUCAAGAGUGAAAAAACACAAUAAUGGCUCCAAUGGCUCCAAAUCGGGUGAGGAUAGGUCGAAUGCCUCCGAGUCUAGUGUAAACAGGUCGAGUGCCUCCAAGUCUGAUGUGGACAAGGUGAAAAAACUCUCCAGUGAUAUCAAAGAAACAAAGAAGCAGUUGUCAUCACUGUCAAGGCAGCUUUCAAAAUUGCAACGACAUCGCAUGGACUGCGGCAAUGAAUCGCACUCUUGGGAGAAGAAGCACAACAACAUGAACUUUGAGUUAUGCAAAAAGUUGAAGGAUGCUAGAAGUGAUUACGAUGAAUUGUACAUGAAAGUGUCAAGCUUGAAAUCAUCGAUAAAGCGAAUGUCCAGUGAGAUGUACAUGUUGAACAAAAGGAUCCACGGUCAACAAGUACAUCAAGCGGCUGCUGAUGCCAUACCAAAGCCAUUGGCUGUUGACAGUAACACUAUCGUUCAAGGCACUGACCCUGGUGUGGUGACCACCGCCAGUAGUGUAUGGUGCUCUUCUCUCACUGUUUUUGAGUCGAUCAAUCGGUUUCAAAUGCUGCAAGAUUAUUCUGACACUGCAACCUCUCUUGGAAACGAAGAAACAUUCGUCAAUUAUGAAAUGACAGCCAACAAAGUCGAUAAUGCUGUCCUCUCCAACAGGCGAAAGAAGAGGAAGAAGUCGUCAGUCAAGAAGCUACUAAAAGGAAGGGCAACUGGACGAAUCCGCUUGAAGAAACUUCACCAACAUUUGGUAGCCAGUGAAGCCAGAUCUGCUGCAACCAUGUCCACCUUCAACAAGCCAAAGAUGGUUUCCUUCAUAGGAAACUGGCAUCGCAAUACUCAGUACCUCCAUGGCCACAGCACUCGAAGUAUGAAGCCGUACAUGUCAACGCUGUCCACAAGAAGUACAGUCAGAUUGGUGGACGAAUACAAUUUUACAAAAAUUUGCUGCUCUUGUUUCAAGGAGACACAGAAACAACUGGUGGGUGAUGAGGAUAAUAGAAUGAAGAGGAACCUCGGUGCCGUCACAUACUUUAACCCUGAGUGUCCAAAAAGGCUGGCUAAACAAACUACUAUGAAUCGUGAUGAGCAAGGAGCGAGUAACAUUGCCCUCAUUGGUUUGUCGGCACUGGUCUCACUUAACAACAAGGUGUUGCCUCCUUUCAGUCGAGUUCAAAAUCCUGAUAAGUAA